AAUGACAACGGUGCCCUGGGCACACCUCAGCGGGCGAAGAUGAAGCAGCAGCAGCCGGUAACGUCGGCGGCGAACGCGGGCGCCGCCACCGCAGUCCCGGCCUUCCUCAGCAAGCUCUGGGCGCUGGUGGGCGACGCGCCGAGCAACCAACUCAUCACCUGGAGCCAGAAUGGACAGAGUUUCCUUGUGUUGGAUGAACAAAGAUUUGCCAAAGAGAUUCUUCCAAAGUACUUCAAGCACAACAACAUGGCAAGCUUUGUGAGACAGCUGAAUAUGUAUGGUUUCCGUAAGGUAGUCCAUGUUGACUCUGGCAUUGUCAAAUUGGAAAGAGAUGGCCCUGUUGAAUUCCAACACCCCUACUUCAAGCAAGGACGGGAAGACUUACUGGAGCACAUUAAAAGAAAGGUUUCUUCUUCAAGGCCUGAAGAAAAUAAAAUUCGUCAGGAAGAUCUGUCUAAAAUCAUAAGCAGUGCUCAGAAGGUUCAAAGUAAACAAGAGACUAUUGAAUCCAGGCUAUCUGCUCUGAAGAGAGAAAAUGAAUCUCUCUGGCGGGAGGUAGCAGAACUGAGAGCAAAACAUCUGCAGCAACAGCAAGUUAUUCGAAAGAUUGUACAGUUCAUUGUCACCCUUGUUCAGAAUAACCAACUUGUGAGUUUGAAACGAAAACGCCCAUUGCUUUUGAAUACUAAUGGGACACCGAAGUCCAACAUAUUCCAGCAGAUAGUCAAAGAACCAGCAGAAAACAAACAUCAUGUACCGCACAGCAGGACUGAUGGCUUAAAGCAGAGAGAACAGCUGUCAGACGAUAUUAUUAUUUAUGAUAUCACUGAUGAUAUUGGUGAAGAAGAAAAGCCUCCAGUUACUCCAGAAAGCAGUGAAGAUGCUGCUUCAGAUUCAAAUUAUAGUCCUGACAUUGUAAUAGUCGAAGAUGACAAUGAGGAUGACUAUGCUCCUAUAAUUCAUGAAAAUACAACUGCUGAACCAGCCACAAUUCCAUCCAGUGAUUCUGUCAGUCCUUCCCCUUAUGGUGCAAGCCCAUUAAUGUCUGGUGCUGUUCAGUUAAACAGCCAGUCAACCUUAACAGCAGAAGACCCAGUCUCAAUGAUGGAUUCAAUACUCAGUGAGAAUGGAGUAAUUUCACAAAAUAUCAAUCUUCUUGGAAAGGUGGAACUUCUGGAUUAUCUUGAGAGCAUUGAUUGCAGUUUAGAGGAUUUCCAGGCCAUGUUGUCAGGACGACAGUUCAGCAUAGAUCCAGAUCUCCUGGUUGAUCUUUUUUCAAGUUCCGUGCAGAUGAAUCCUACAGGUCAUAUCAAUAGUACAAAAGUGGAGACAAAGGGAAUUGAAACUAUGAAGACUAAUAGUGCUGAACCAUCUACACAAGAUGUGCCUAAUUCUGACCCCAAAUCAGAUAAACAGCUCAUUCAGUAUACUGCCUUUCCCCUACUUGCAUUCCUUGAUGGAAAUCCAGGCUCAGUGGAGAAUGCAAAUAUAACACCUGAAUCAGUAUCUUCUGUGGAUAAACCAAUAGAAGUGGAUGAACUGCUGGAAAGUGGUCUGGAUCCUCAACCAACCCAAAGCAAACUGGUUCGUCUGGAGCCACUGACAGAAGCAGAAGCUAGUGAAGCUACACUAUUUUAUUUGUGUGAACUUGCUCCUGUGCCAAUGGACACUGAUAUGCCACUGCUGAACAACUAAAAUGAGAGAGUUAAAGCAAACUAUUUAUUGAGGCUAUUGUUUGGGAUCUAUCUUUUGUAAAUGGCAUUUUGUGAGCAGCUACUGUGGAACCUUAAACAGUUUGUUCUAUCACUUUCCCCAAAACUCGGGUCUCAAAAGAGCAGUUUAAACAUUUAUACAAACCAUCAACAGUUCACAAUGAGUUCAUUCAAGUGCUGUCAUAUUUGGAAUUAUAUAUUCAGAAUAUGCCAGGUAAUUGGAUGCUUUGUAUUAGCCACUUGCGGUUUUUCUUGUUCACUUUUAGUCCUAAUGUAUGACAUACACAAGUAAAUAAGUAACUCUGGAUGGAGGUCAUAGCACUCAGAGUUUAAUUCUUCUGUACUUUGUUUUCUAUUUUUACAACUUUGUUUAAAUAAAACUGUGUUAGGGGACCAGAA